UUUAAAAACAGCAUGGUGGAUUGCGGGAAAUGGAGAAAUAUCUAAUCACUUCACGUUUUCUCAUUUAAUCAGCGAAUGUAUGAUUGAAAACGUAUUAGAGCUUCUGCGUUUUCUCAACUGAAAAGUAUAGUUUUUAUGUAAUUCUGUUUGGUUCGUUGACAGACUAUUUGAAAUUCACUUAAAUCGAAACUGACAGCCUGUAUCAUGGCUGCUCUGGAUUCUCUGGCCCAGCUGAACAGUCUGUUAGAAGAAUGGGUGAGGGAACACAACAAUGGAUCCUUCAACGUGAUGAACACUCUACACAGGAUGGCCGAGUUACUAGAGAGAGAGACAGAAGAAUACUAUAAGAUGGACCCUGACCCCUUUGAUGACAGACAUCCCGGGCGGGCAGUACCCACAUGUGCUCUGGGUCACCUCAUGAAGACUUUGUUCAAGAGUGAAGAGUUUAUGAAUAAGUUAGUGAGUACCUACCUAAUGAGUAACCGUGACAACACGGAGCUGCACAUCGCCGCAUCGCGUCUGUUGUUGGACGUCAUGCCGGGACUAGAGACCACCAUUGUGUUUCAAGAAACUGACGGGUUGGUGAGAAGACUGCUGCAUUGGGCUGAGUUUUGUGAGGACCCCCUCAGAUCUUAUGCCACAGGGCUUCUUGCUGGGGCCAUGGAACUCCAGGAUGUCGCAGACAAAUUUAAGGAGGCCAAUGGGACAUUGGUUCCACUGAUGUUGACCCGCCUCCACAAACUGAAAUGUGACUACGAGAAAGAAAACCAGGAGAACACAUCCUCUCACAGUCAUGAGGAUAACCAGAGACACUUCGGUAUAUUUGGUCAGGAGCCCAAACAGUCGCCCGAGAAAAAAGUCUCCUCCGAAAGCCCGACAGGGAGUCACAGCGGAGGAGAUAACCCCCAGGACUCGAGUCAGAGCUGUCCCACACGGGACGAAAAGAGCGUCAAAUCGGAGAGCAACAGCAGGCGCGAGUCCAUGAAACGGGCCCUGUCGCCUAGUUACUAUAGCGAUGACCUCUACAGAUUCAAGCGAGGUCGAAUCAGAGAGGAUUCCAUCAAUGAGUGCAGUAACAGUAGCUGGGCCGAGAUGAAGUGUUAUGUGAUAGGAACCUACAGUCUGAUGCCGCUCAGUAUAGCCAUGAAACAGAGGGUCAUUCUGCAGUACCUCACACCUAUGGCAGAGUACCAAGAGUUGAUUGGUGCAGCUUUUGAACACAAUGCACUGGACCUGGUGUUUUUCUACAUGGACCUGAAGAAGAACGCAGAUGUCAGACUGGCUUUUGAAGCAAUCAAGUACACUGCUAACUUACUGUGUCACAAGAAGUUUGCCAUAGAGUUCCUGUCCAUGCAGGGGGUCCAGAAAGCCCUGCAGGUGCCCCGCCCCUCUGUGGCUGCCUGUGGGGUCUCACUCUGUAUCUACUACCUCUCCUACUUUGAGGACGCCAUGGAAAGGGUCUGUUUGUUACCAGACAGGACUCUGCAAGAUUUAGUCAGCUACACUCUCUGGUUGCUUGAGUGCUCCCAUGAUUCAAGUCGCUGUCAUGCUGCCAUGUUUUUUGGACAAGCCUUUCCCUACAGGGUGAUCCUAAAUUUGUUUGAUCAGAAAGAUGGGCUCAGAAGACUUUUUAAUGUGAUCAGCACCCUACAGAUCCUUGAUGUGGACGACCAGAGAGAGGUGGGAGACGACCAGAUCUUCACCAUGAAGCAGCUCAUACGCCACGUCUCGCUCGCGCUCAAGAAAUACUUUGAGGCCCACAUCUGUCACAAAGUGGACGAGAUUAAGAGGUCUCAUGCUCGCAGCGACGACAACAACUCGCCCAUUCACGAAAUCCCUCCGUAUAAGGCUUUGAAAUUAACACCAGAAUUAGUUCAGGAGAACAUUGAGAUCAUGAUGGAGCUGAUGCCGAUUCGAGUUCAUUGGGCACCCGAAAUCACAUGUCAUAAACUGGGCGGGAUCAAACUAAUGUGUCAGCUGAUUGCACUGGCCCCUACGUGGAACCACUUCACUGGAAAAACAGAAAUGAUAAAGAACGUUCUUGAUGUGAUCAACGUGUUGGUGGCCACACCCAAGUCUCAGCUGGCCCUCCUGGAGUCUGUCCCCAUGUACAACAACAUCUCAACACCAGCCAUCAGUGUGCUGAUUGGUCUAGCAGAGGGAGAGCUACAAGAUCCAGAGGUCCAAAAGUCUGCCCUCAACAUCAUCAUCAACUGUGUGUGUGGCCCCGUGGAGAGGCUGGGAGGAGGACUAGGGAGAUUUGUUGCUGGAUCUAAAAAAAGAAUCAACCUGAAAGUGGGAGAAGACGUCCUCAGUAAGAUGUGGAAUGGGGUCAGGGUCAACAAUGGGAUCAUGGCUCUGUUGAAGUUAUUGUCCAUCAAGACCCCAAUUACAGAUGCAGACUGUAUCAGGGCGCUGGCGUGUAAGGCAUUGGUUGGUUUGUCUAGGUCAGAGACAGUGAGACAGAUCAUGAGUAAACUUCCUUUGUUCAACAACGGACAGAUUCAGUUGCUUAUGAAAGAGCCAGUGUUACAAGACAAGCAGCAAGAACACGUCAAGUUUUGUAAAUAUGCCAACGAGCUCCUGGAGAGAGUGCUCGGAAAGAAAUCCAGCGCCAAUCUAGACGCCUCCCUGGAGGAUAUCAGAAGGGCUGACAUUGUUGCUCAAUCGAGGAUCACAUUCCAAGAGAAGGAGUUACUACAGCUCAUACACAGUCACCUACAGUCCAAAGGAUUAGCGGAGGCAGCAGCAGCUCUGCAGAGGGAGGCCAACCUGCCCCGCAGUAUCACUCCCCCCAACGUCCUACCCGCUCAACCCUGUGUCUUCUCCUCCCCACAUUUAGCCUCCCCCAGAAUUUCCAGACAAAUCAGUCACUCUGCCGCUGCCCACCUCUCCGGCACCCCUGACAUCCCGUCCACUAGUUCUGGUUACUAUAGCAACUCCAGCAGUCAGAGGGAGAGUCCCACUAACCCUGGCUCCACCCCCGGCACUCCUGGACCAAUCAGAUUUCACAUUGGUCGGCACAACCAGCAAUUCUCACCUGGCCUUGUUCCAGUUAGGGGCUCCGCCAGCAAAAGUAGGUUCAGCACAGAAAAGGACUGCAGUCUUAACAGUCCUGUUUGGAGGUCAAAAGGGCAUUUAAAGGGUCAAGGAGACUAUGACAUGACCUUGGAUAAGAUAGUGACAGAGUACCUCCGUAAACAGCAUGCUCUGUGUCGGAACCCGGUCACCACCUGUCCCCCCAUGUCUCUGUUUAAACCCCACCGCUGUCCCGAGCCUCGAGGAAGAAGAAUGGCACCACUCAAUGCCACAUCCAGGAUAUACAACAGAAUGUUGGGACCCAAGGUGGGGGGGAUAGGAGGUGCUAGUGUGGACAGGAAGUUUAUCUACAGUCGGUUUAGGCCCUGCCAAUCUUACAGAAACUCAGACGAUGGAGGGAUGCUCUGUUGUUCCUUUUCAAGAGAUGAGCAAUAUCUGAUGUAUGGGACAUUCUGGGGAGACAUCAAACUAGUCAGUCUGCAGUCAGGGGAGGAAACUGCCAGCUAUAAUUUCCAUCAGGUUCCCAUUGAAGACUUCCAGCAAGCCAAAGAUCAUGAUGUUCUAUUGGUCAGCUAUGCAGACAAUGGAUCAGGGGUCUGGACCUAUGGGGAUGUUGUGGAAAACAAGUACAGUUUUGAAGACAGCCAUAUAGAGUUCAGUAAACUGAUCCAGGACCGGAUCAUCGGGACCAAAGAGGAAACUGCUAAUAUCUAUGAUGUCUCAACGGGUCAAAGAAUUCUCAAACUCUUUGAAGCUAACAAAGCCAAUAAUUACCGGGAAAAUCGUGCAACCUUCAACCCCACAGACGAACUGGUCCUAAACGAUGGGGUAUUGUGGGAUAUACGCAGUGGCAAAUCCAUCCACAAGUUUGACAAAUUCAAUGACAAUAUCAGCGGAGUCUUUCAUCCGAUGGGACUGGAAAUCAUAAUUAACUCUGAAGUUUGGGACAUCCGGUCCUAUCAUCUCCUGCACACAGUCCCUGCCUUAAACCAGUGCCAAAUUCGCUUCAACAACCGGGGCGACAUCAUCUACGCUAUCUAUGUGAUGGAUGAGGAGAUGGAUGACUUUAAAGGAAGAAGUCCGUACAGCUCCACCUUCAGAACGUUUGACUCCACAGACUACAGUUCAAUAGCCACCAUGGAUGUGAGGUCCAAGAGUAUAUCGGACCUGUGUACAGAUCGGUCGGACUGUUACCUAGCUGUGGUGGAGAAUCUGAACACAGAACUGGGCACUGAGGAGUUUGUUUGUAAGCUUUACGAGGUUGGAAAACUCCGAGACGAGGAAGAUGAUCAGCCAGAAGAUGAUGAACUUGAUGAAGUGGAUGAUGAAGAUGAUGAUGACGAAGAUCUUUUAAAUGAUUUCAAUGACUCGAAUGAUGAUGACUUCUUUACAGACGGUGAUGAUGACGAUGAUGAAGAUGAUGAGGACAAUGAAGAAGAUAAUGGAGACUUCUCAUUCAGUGACAUGGGCAGCGAUGAUGAUGAUGAUGAUGACGGAGAUGAUAUUGACGAUGACGCUUUAUUUGAACUCUUAUGAUCGAGUUAUAUGUGAGGGAAAACUCAACCACUUUCAUUGCAAAUAUCCUAGUUUAUCCGAAUUUUCAUUAUGAAUACUGGAUAUCAUGAACUAAAAUUAACUGUCUUCUAAGAAUAAAAUACAUGGGAAGGACUAAAAAAAAUUUACAAUAAUUAAUAACUUAUUAAUUUGCUAUAUAUGCCAUUGAUGAAAAUGUGGUAUUGGUUACUAAGACCAGCUGUGUUAGAAAGUUAAGUUUGUAUAAUUGUGUACAUUUUGCACAUUUUCUGAAAGUAACUUGUGUUGAAUCUGUUCUCCCUCAAAAGUCUGAUAUGAUGGACAUUUCUUUUGAUAUUGUACAAAAUGUACCUACAGGUGCUACUGGGCAUACAUUGACUUACUGUAAGGAGAUUAUGCUGACAAUACUUUGUGUUUUCUUGUUUUAUUUGUCAUGGGUGUCCUCAGAAUGUUGAUUUUAUAAUUUAUGAAUGGUUAUGAUAUAUUGUACAUUUCUCAAGUCAUUAAAUAUUUCACAGAUAUCAAUAAAUGUUGAUGCUAUUUAA